CCAGAUUGCAGCUACCAGAAACGUGCACCUAUAAACACUUUACUUGAGAAAGUUAGUUGGGAAGAUAGAACGCUUUUGUAUAUAACUCCAAUACCCACUACAAUAUUUUUCACAAAUAUUACCUGCUCUUCUUCAUAGUUAGUGAUCGAUCUUGACAGAUUCAUACACAACACAGUCAUGGGCGGAGAAGCUGAAACCGUGUGUGUCACUGGUGCAGCUGGGUUCAUUGGGUCAUGGCUGGUCAUGAGACUGCUAGAGGCUGGUUAUACGGUUCGAGCCACAGUCAGAGACCCCGAUAACAUGAAGAAAGUGAAGCAUUUGCUUGAAUUGACAAAUGCCAAGACACAUUUGAGUCUAUGGAAAGCUGAUCUUGCUGUAGAGGGAAGUUUUGAUGAAGCCAUUAGAGGAUGCACUGGUGUGUUUCAUGUGGCUACACCUAUGGAUUUUGAGUCCAAGGACCCUGAGAAUGAGGUGAUAAAGCCAACGAUUAACGGAGUAAUAAGCAUCAUGAAAGCCUGCGCUGAAGCGAAAACUGUGCGAAGACUGGUAUUCACAUCAUCUGCAGGAACUGUUGAUGUUAGAGAGCAACAGCAGUCUGAGUAUGAUGAGAGCUGCUGGAGUGACUUGGAAUUCGUUCGGUCUGUAAAGAUGACUGGCUGGAUGUAUUUUGUGUCAAAAACAUUGGCUGAACAAGCUGCUUGGAAGUAUGCCAAAGAGAACAACAUUGAUUUCAUCAGUAUCAUACCAACUCUAGUGGUUGGUCCAUUUCUAAUGCCAUCAAUGCCUCCUAGCCUUAUAACUGCACUCUCACCAAUCACAGGAAAUGAAUCACACUAUCAUAUCAUAAAACAAGGACAAUUUGUGCACCUGGAUGAUCUCUGCAAUGCUCAUAUAUUCUUGUUUGAGAAUCCUAAAGCCGAAGGCCGAUACAUUUGCUCCUCACAUGAAGCUACCAUUCUUGAACUUGCAAAAAUGCUCAAACACAAGUACCCUGAAUACAAUAUUCCUACCAAGUUCAAAGAUGUUGAUGAGAAUGUGAAGAAUAUUGUUUUCUCUUCUAAGAAGCUUAGAGACUUGGGCUUUCAGUUCAAAUACAGUCUACAGGACAUGUUUACUGAUGCCAUUGAAGCAUGCCGAGCAAAGGGAUUGCUACUACCUCUCUCGAACGUCGAUUCUGCUGCUGAUAAAAAUUGUGUCCAUGGAACCAGCUAGAAACAAAUAUCUGCUCUGCGCUGAAUCUGUUUGUUCUGCCUCUCAUUUAAUCUUGUGCUUUCUCCCUUAAUUGUGCUGUCUCCCCUAUUGUGUCAAACGCAGGAGUCACAUUUCCAGGAUCAUACAUGCCUGACAUU